AUGAUCAUCAAACUUCAACACGACAAUGCAGAACCACGUUUGUCCCUCGGUACCACCCGGACACAAGUUGGAGAACUGGAGACCAGCUACCAGGCCUCUAGUGGUACCGGCAUAAAAGAUACAUCUCUUAAUCUGUACAAAAUAAAAAAGCGUCCAUUAGACGAUAUGCCCCUGCCAGUAAAUUCGAAGAAAGAAAGGAUCCUUUCUCAGCCAGUUCCUUUGGCUGACAGUGGAGUUGCCUUUUAUGCCUAUAGGUCAAACAGCAUCCCACCGAGUAUCACGGCACCCAAUCAUGUCUUUAUCUUUGAUAUUGUUCGCACCAACAUUGGCAGAGGCUACCAUCCCUCAACGGGGGUGUUUAUCGUGCCAGAAGCAGGGAUAUAUGUCUUAACGUGGACUUUUCUUAAUCGUGAUGGUAAUGUUCAUUCUGUCCAACUUAUGAUCAACUCGAAUGAGUGUGGUAUUUUACAUUUACAUACUGAAAGCACCACGGCUGUGCCAGCGACUGGUAUUGUGGUCGCUCUCGUCAAUAAAGGCGAUGAUGUAUUUGUGAAAACCUCAG